AGGUCGGGCAGAGUGGAGUCACGGCGGCGCUCGCUGGGGUCGAGUGCUGCCGGCAGAGGAGAGUACAACCCCCCCAGGCAGGAGCUUUAGCAUUUUCUUGCUCCUGCCUGAAAUAUACCUUAGACCUUUCCAAGUUUUCAGAAGACCACUGUGUUUCACUGGGAUAGGAAUAUUGCAUCUGCUUCAUGGCAGGAGGAUGUUACAUGUCUUACAGCUAAAUUCUCUUCUACUUUAAACCUAGAUAAAGAAUGAAGACUGUCUGUACCAUUUUGAUUACCUCUUCUAGGGUUCAAAGAGAAAAAUUAUUUCCUCUGACCUUCAUUUGCUAAUGACUCAGCUUGCUGUAACCUGGUACACAGGAUAAACUUGCUGGUGAACAAAAAUCCCAGCAGGAAGAACCACCUCAAUGCCCAAAAUUCCUUUGUCCCUGCUGUUAUCAGUGGCUCUCUGUAAGCAUCUCAAAGCUGAACUACGCAAGGCCACAAGAGCUGCUCACCAGAAGCUGGUACAUGAAUGGACAAUGCUGCCACCCUCUUGAGAGAUGAGACCAAGGACCCUUCACAAUGACAGCUCUGCAAGUUCCAAAUAUGAGAGUCCUGCAGUUGGAGUUCCAUGCUUUGUCUCCAGACUGAUCCUCCUUCUUGUUGAGCUGAUUUCACCUCUUGCCACAAGUUUUGCUCUUUGAGAUUUAGACCAUCACUAGCCACAGAGCUCCUGUGUAAACCACUGUUUUCUUCUCCUUUUUGCCCCCUCCCUAUUUUGCACAAAGACUGUUAAUAGGACUGUUAGUGGAAUAAGCAAAGCCAAUAGUUGCAGGGUUUAACUUCCUACCAAUAGCACCUUUUGCCCAAGAAUGCCUUACAGACACCAUAGAGCACCUGUGUUCAAGUGUGCAACCUGUUAUGAACCUCCCCUUCACUUAGGCACCUCCUUAGCUCCCCGAGCUGGCGUUUAGGGACCUGCCAGCACUUAGCAUCUCACACAGUAAGUCAGACAUCACCCAGCGGUGCCUUUCAGGUCUGAGAGCUUCCUCCGUGAAUGUAUUCCGGGCUAAAGAGACCGUGUGUGUAUCCUGAGGGCUGAUGCCAUCCACCUAAGGGGAGCAUCCAGAAGUGCCUGAGGGAAUGGCAGAAGGAGGGCACGCUGGCACUCCUCCCGUGCGGCUGUGGGUGCGACGUGUGGGUGUUUACUGUGAUGAGCACCGCAAAACGUGGCUUGUGGCUGCGGAAGAGGAGGAAGGUAUGCUGAGGGCUCGGAUCCAAAGAGUUCAGGUUCCCCUGGGUGAGGCGCUGCGACCCAGCCAGCUCCCCCCAUCCCGGCUGCCUCAUAUGUGGCAGCUGUCCCAGGGUGAGCAGUACAGGGAUAGUAACUCUCGCGUUUGGGAGAUAGAGCACCAUCUCAUGCUUGGUGGUGUUGAAGAACUGCUGCUUAAACUUGUGCCUGGUGAUUAAUCUGGAGCAGUGGCUCUAGGAAGAUGUCGUUGUAUGUUUUGUGCAAUUCUCUCUCCACUGAAAUGCAGCCACCUCUGAGGUGGAAGCAGUUAAGC